AUGGAACCACCAUUGCAACAGCAACCACCGCCGCAGCGAUCCAUCACCAUCCUCGGAAAAUACCAGCUCACGCGCCUCCUCGGUCGCGGCAGCUUCGCGAAGGUCUACCAGGCGCGAUCCCUCAUCGAUGGCACCGCCUGCGCCGUCAAAAUCAUCGACAAAUCCAGAACCGUCGACGCCGGCAUGGAGCCCCGCAUAAUCCGCGAGAUCGAUGCCAUGCGCCGCCUUCACCACCACCCUAACAUCCUUAAAAUCCACGAGGUUAUGGCCACGAAGACCAAGAUCCACCUCAUCGUGGAGCUCGCCGCUGGCGGCGAGCUCUUCGCCAGAAUCUCCCGUCGCGGCCGUUUGCCGGAAUCCACGGCACGGCGGUACUUCCAGCAACUGGUGUCCGCGCUCCGGUUCUGCCACCGCAACGGCGUGGCUCACCGGGACCUCAAGCCGCAGAACCUCCUCCUCGACGGCGAAGGCAACCUCAAGGUCUCCGAUUUCGGCCUCUCCGCACUGCCGGAGCAUCUCAGGAACGGCCUUCUCCACACCGCAUGCGGUACGCCGGCGUACACAGCGCCGGAAAUCCUCCGGCAGAACGGUGGCUACGAUGGGUCGAAGGCCGACGCCUGGUCCUGCGGCCUCAUCCUCUACGUGUUCCUCGCCGGCUACCUUCCGUUUGACGACACGAACAUUCCGGCGAUGUGCAAGAGGAUUUGCCGGCGAGAUUACCAGUUCCCUGACUGGAUAACAAAACCAGCUCGUUAUGUUAUAUAUAAAUUACUCGACCCGAAUCCGGAAACCCGAAUGAGCCUGGAAAGCCUGUUUGGGAACUCGUGGUUCAAGAAAUCAUUAAAACCGGAAACGGCGGAGGAGAGCGCGUAUGGAUGGGAUAACGUUUAUGAGAAGGGUUGUUACUACGAAGGGGUUAAGUGUUCAGGUGUGAACGCGUUUGAUAUAAUAUCGAUGUCUUCGGGUUUGGAUUUAACGAGGUUGUUCGAAACGACGUCGGAUGAGGGAAGCAGGAGGGAGAAGAAAUUCACUUCGAGUGCGCGCGUGGAGGAGGUGGAGGAGAAGGUUAAGGAAGUGGGUGGGGAUUUGGGGUUUAAGGUUGAGGCUGGAAAAACCAUUAACGGUGCAAUUGCAUUGUUGAAAGGGAAGGUGGCUUUGGUCUUUGAGUUGCUUCAGAUUGUGCCCGAUCAGCUUCUUUUGGUGGCUGUCAAGGUCGUGGAGGGUGGGUUAGAGUUUGAGAAGGAUCAUUGGGGGAAUUGGAAAAAUGCCUUGCAAGAUCUCGUUCUUUCUUGGCACAACGAUGAACCCUGA